CUUCAAUGAACACGUGGGUCAGAGUGGAAAUCCGCUUUGUUGUCGUUAGUAACAAAACAGGCUUGAAAUGCGUUUCCGUUUCAAAACGGAAAGCGAAAGUAGACGUCUGUCACGAGUAACCAGCUUUUGCAGAAAAUAAUAGACUAUCCGCAAGGAAGGAAGUUGUUGAUCGGAUUCUAGUGUAAAAAUAAACGGAGUUGUUGGAUCAUCAGAUUGAGUCUUGUAACCAUGGACGUGAGUGGUCAGUCCCUUCUGUCCAAGUGGUCACUGAAAGACACAGGUCAAAAGUCCAGCUUGGUAAGCACCGGGUUGGACAGCAAGCUGUCAGCCGGAGUAGGGGGUAUGUCCACAGACAGGAAGAGAAAACCACCCACCAUUAAAUCAUCUGUUAAAGACAAGAAACCAUUGGUGGAGAAAGCUCAACUCAAAAGUUCUUUGUUGAAAUCUUCAUCCUUGUUAACCCAGAGCAAUCUCAAGAGCUCACUUCUUGGUACAUCUUCUUUGAGCUCAUCACUGGUAGAAUCUACCUUACAGCGAAAGUCUCUCUCGGCUAGAGAUAGCCAUGCGACAUCACAGACAAAACCACUGACUGGUUCUCUUCUGGGAAAUACAGCCUCCUUCAGUCUCUUGUCUAGGUAUACUUCAGCACUAACAUCUAACCUAAGCACAGGAAAGUCAUUGCAAGGACAGGGUGACUACUCAGCAACUCAGAAAAUGUCUGGCUUGUCACAUGCUUCAGUCCUGACCAAUCAGCAGCCAGUUGGAGGCACAUCUCUAAAAACCAACCUAUUGCUUACAUCCAGCAAACAGACUACAGGUUUUGGUAGCUUGACAGGGACACAUGGCCAAGAGAAAUCGGUUAAAUCAGAUAACAAAAAGAAAUCCAAGAAACGAGCAGCUGAGGAUAAAUCUGACUUUGAAAAAUACAAAGUGAAGGCCCCUCGUUAUGACCUUGGAAAAGUGCUUCCCAAGGACAAAGGAGUGGAGGUGCCAAAGUUUGUUAAUCCAAGCAAGGAUCCGAGCCUGAACAGACCAGCCAUUCCUCUGCAUGAUGUCAACGGACUGAAGUUGGCUCUCAUCAAUGCUGUCAGCGGUUCCCUGAUAUGUCAACCAAACUUCUCCGAUAGCAACGACCUAACUAGAAGGACCCUAUCAGACAUGGCAGGAAGGGUCGUGACCUAUGACCCAGAGUUCAUUCUCAAGGUUGCCCUGUACACGAGGAAGGAACUAAACAUACGAACCACGGCCAACUUCCUUUUGGCUCUCUCCUCCAACAUGGAUGUCUGUCGACCAUUCCUGAAGAAGUAUUAUUGUGCAUCAAUUCAGCUGCCCUCAGACUGGAUAGAGGUGGCAGAAAUCUAUCAGGCGUUCCAUGACCGCAGUUUAUCACACGGAUCGUUACCAGCAGCUCUACGUAAAGCCAUGAUCAUGAAGUUCCCCCAGUUUGACAAGUAUCAGUUAGCAAAAUACAACAAGGAAAGUUCCAUGAAGAAAAAAAAGAAGAAAGAAAAAAAGGCUGAGGGCGCCCCCGGGCAACAAUUGUAUGGGGGAAGAAGAGGAAGGGGCGGCCCUGUCAGGGGACAGAGGGGAUCAAGAGGGGGUUACGGGAGAGGAGGAAGGUAUAUGCCAACCAGUCAGAGAGACAGCAGUAGUUCGGAAUCGGACAGCGAGGAAGAAGGAAACGUUCGUCGUCAGUUAAGUGAUGUUGUGUAUGACGAAGAAGAACACACCCAGGAAGAGAAGGAGAAGAUCAAAUUCUCCAUCAAACAGCUGAUCCGUAAACUGCACAUCAUGGAACCAGUGGAGCACGUCAUGUCUAUCAUCGGAAAAAAAUAUCCAGACACCCUGGAGGACUUUUACAAGGCUCGUCUUCCCGGAGAAUGGGACCAGGAGAGGGGAGGGAAAAGGAUGAAACUUCCUGUCCCUGAGACAUGGGAGACUCAAGUGUCCCUGAAAGGGAACAAGGCCUCCACAUGGGAGGAACUGAUAGAUCACAAGAAGCUGCCUUUUAUGGCCAUGUUAAGGAACCUAAGGAACUUGAUUAAAGCUGGAAUUUCUCAGAAACACCAUCAGCAGAUUCUUCGUCGUCUGACGGAUGAGAGACAAGUUGCCAACAGCAAGCAGUUUCCGUUCCGUUUCUUCUCAGCGUAUGAAGUCCUAAGCAGCCUUCAAAAAGAAUAUGAGACAACCCAGAAAAAGCUUGUGGAGAUGGCUGAGAUGGAAGCGACUGGAAUUCAGACUUCUCGUCCUGCCACCAGGGGGAGCCGUGGGAGGGGGAGGGGAAGAGGAAGAGGGAGAGGUGGAGGAAAAGGAGAUCAAUGGUGGAUGGAAAAGAAGAAAAAAGAGCAGGAAGAGAAAAGAAAACCAAAAGAGACUGCUUAUGACACGGCAAUCAUCAAUCGCUACAAGAAAGCGCUGGACACAGCGGUCAAGAUAGCCACAGUAUACAAUGUCCAGCCAAUUAGAGGCCGAACCAUUGUCUUGUCGGACUGCAGUGAAAGAAUGAAAGUUAACUGUACCGCAGCAAGGGGCCUGGGGAAACCCAGACAGAUGUUGGAGGUGGCACUGCUGAUGGGACUCAUGUGUAAAUACUCCUGUGAAGAAUGUGAUUUCAUCACCUUUAAAACGGCAUGCUGGGAUCAAGCUAAGGUGGAGCCAGGGACUAUCUUAGACAAUUUAGACCGCUUGUUGAAUCAGAUUGAUUUCCCUGAAAUUGGGAAGGAAGAGGACAUGCCAAAUGGAUUCCCGGAGUCCAUUCUGAUGGAGAAACUGAGAGACAGGAUUCAGGUGGAUAACAUCGUGGUCCUUUCAGGAGGAGACCUUGCUCAGAGUCAGCAGAAAAUCCUCUCCAACUUCCUGAAGAAAUAUCGACAGAUUGUCAAUCCCAAUCUUCUCUACGUUAACAUCUCCUUUGCGGGAAAGGGAUGCGGGUUCUCGCAGUCCAUUAAGCCAGAGCAUGACAAUGAUAUCUACAUCUCUGGUUACAGUGAUGCCAUUCUAAGGUUCAUAGCGGAAAGAGGAGAGGGUGGACAAUUAAUUCAUGUGGAGAAAGUUGACGUGGCAUAUCAGCUGAAACCGCUGGCGGGAGUGUCCCUAGACAACACGAAGACUCCGCCCACCCCCCGACCAGAAGUACCUCUCACCCUGCUCUCGGGAAAACCAAGCUGGAGAAAGACAAGGGUAUUUAUUUCCUCCACAUUCCGCGACAUGCACGGAGAAAGGGACGUCCUGACUCGAUUUGUCUUCCCAGAACUUCGAGCUCUUGGCAGGAAGCACUUCAUUAACGUACAGGAAGUGGACCUUAGAUGGGGGAUUACGGAGGAGGAUAGCAACAGAGCGAUUGCACUUUGCCUAUCAGAGGUAAUGAAAUGUGAGUUCUUCAUUGGCAUCCUGGGAAGUCGCUAUGGUUACGUUCCAAAGAGCUAUGAUGUACCAGAUAUAGAGGAAUUUGACUGGUUGAAGACAUACCCCCCAAAAGCUUCUGUGACAGAAUUAGAGAUGCAUUUGGGUGCAUUGUCUAACCCUGGUACACACAUGGGGAAAGCUUUCUUCUACGUACGAGAUCCAAGUUUUGAGAUAGAUUUACCAAAGGAACUGUGCUCCGAGUUUAUCUGUGAGGAUGCUCAGGCUCGAGACAAAUUGGAGGACCUUAAAAAUCAAGUGUACUACAGUGGGCUAGAGGUCUACAAAGGGUACCCUUGUCACUGGGGGGGAGUGUGCGAUGGUAAACCGAUGGUAGCAGGCCUGGAGGACUUUGCUGUCCGAGUCUUGAACAAUCUGUGGAACGCAAUCAAAAAGGCAUACCCAGAUGAGGAGGCCAUUUUGGAUGAGAACAUGCAUGUUGCUAAGCAACAUGAGGCCAUUGUGGAGUCCCACAAAGACAAGUUUGUGGGAAGGAAGAAUUUGAUCAAAGAAUGUCUAAAACACAUCAUGGAAAGGCAGACCAGCAUCAUCGCACUGAAUGGCAAGCCAGGCACUGGGAAAACAGCCCUUCUGUCGACCCUUGUUCACAGUUACAUUGAGAGUCCUCAGAGUGAUGGAUCCAGCUCAGCUCUGGUUCAUGUAGUGGGUGCAGCCCCCGGCUCCACAAACAUUGUAGCGACCCUGAGGAGGCUGUGUUACGAACUAAGGAGACAGUUUGGUGUGGAGACUGAGAUUCCAGAGGACUUCAAGAACUUGACCCAGAAGUUUUAUGAAUUGCUGGUAGAGGGCGCUUCAGUGUGUGGGUCUCCCUUGGUGGUAUUUAUAGAUGGACUGGAUUUAAUGGAGAAUACCCACCAGCCCUACAACUUGGAAUGGCUACCUCAGAACAUCCCAAAAAAUGUUGUAUUUGUGAUGACAACAGUUGACAGUGGGAAAUGUCACAAGUCCCUGAAGAGACGACCUUUCACUGAGGUCAUUGUAAGUAACCUUGACAUGUUUGACAAGGCUGAGAUCGUCAGAAACAAUCUAGCAGUAUACAGAAAAAAACUGGACGAAUCUCCAUUCACGAAUCAGAUGAAGUUCUUGAUGGGAAAGAAGGAUGCAGGAAACCCACUGUUUCUAAAAUUGGCUUGUGAGGAAUUGAGGGUAUUUGGAAAAUUUGAAAUGGUGACCAGUAAACUGAAGUCCCUCCCUCAGACCGUCCCUCAGAUGUUACAGGAAGUUCUCAGUCGCCUAGAAACAGACCUGGGUCAGGAGGUCGUAUCCUUGGCGAUGUCCUUAUUGGUCUGCAGCAGGGAUGGGUUAAUGCCGGAGGAAUUGCAUGACCUGCUGAGUCUCCACGCUCUGCUGAACAAUGCCCGGUAUACAGCUGAUGAUGUCUGUAAUGUUCUCUUGUCUCCGGACAAAAUGAUGCCCACCGCAGUCUUCUCUCAUCUCCGCAGAUCGCUGCAGACCUUCCUGAAUCCUAAUGAUAAUAUGGACUCUUGUCUGUCUCUCGCACACCUGGACGUGGCGAUGGCAGUCAGAUCGCGUUACAUGAAGAGUUCACAAGACCAGGAGGCCAGUCUGCAUCGAUUAAUGGCUGGCUACUUUCUACAGCUGGUGGACCCCAAACGGGACGAAUCAUACACAGGAAACAGUGUCAGAGCAUUCUCGGAAUUACCUUUUCAUCUGGCAUAUGGAGGGGAAUUUAAGGUUCUAGCCAGAGUGCUUUGUACAUUAGAAUUCAUCAGUAACAAAUGUCGACUUGGUCUUGGAAAGGUUCUUCUUGACGACUACCAAGAAAAGGAGUUCACUGGCAGAACAAUGGAGCGUGAACAGCAAAGAAUGAUGGGAACGGCCCGGUUUCAGGAAUACAAGAUGUUUGUGUCACAAAACAUCCACCUCCUGGACAAAUUUCCAUCUCUGACUUGGCAGCAAGCUGUCAAUGAUCUCCAGGAUAGUGAACUGUACACGGAUGGUUUUGCUACGAUUGACUCAGCACAGAACCAGAGUGAAAUGUGCUUUAGAUGGUGCAACCGACCUCAGAGCCAGCAUCCCAAUUACCUGACACUCAGCAACCUGUCACAGCCAGUGACGUGUGUCGCCAUCAGCCAGGAUAACACCUAUUUUGCUUGUGGAGGCCUUGAUUGCCUUGUUCAUCUUCACAAAAUGGACACAGGAAAGGAGGUGAGGAGUUUCCAUGGACACGCUGAUGUCAUCACUGACGUCUGCUUCGCGGGGAAGACGUACAUCUGCAGUGCUUCCCUGGACAACAAGAUCAGUGUGUGGCACAUAGACGACGGACACAGGGUACACAUAUUGAAAGGACACAGUCGUAGGGUUCAGUCCAUCAGCUCCGAUGCCUCUGGCAAAACUCUGGCCUCAGCAUCAUGGGAUUGUACCAUCAAGGUGUGGAACCUCGUGAAGGGGGUCUGCGAAUGUGACCUUAAAGUUGGCAGCCCUGUGAAUGCAGUUUCCUUCCACCCCGAGGGUCAGCUGGUCGUAAUAGGGAUGUGGGACUCCACCCUCAAAAUCUGGGACGUCUUCCACAAAACAAGGAAAGCGGUGUUACGUGGCCACAAUACCUCAGUCCGAGACGUAGCGUACUCUCCGUGUGGUCGAUACAUUGCAUCUGCCGCCCUGGACGGUGAUGUCAAACUCUGGGAGUCCCAGAAAGGAACUCCGGUUGGCAAUAUUCGAGGCCAUGCUCUGCCAAUCAAUAAACUUACAUUCUCUCCAACUGGGAGGAACUUAAUCACUGUCAGCGAUGAUCACAAAGUCAAGGUGUGGUCAGGACACAUGGGGAAGCCAAUCCACUGCCUUGGGGAGGAGACAGACGGCCAGGUGAAAUCUGUGGCCCUGUCACCAGAUGGGGAAACACUUGCUGUGGGGUACCAUGAGGGGUUUAUAAGAUUCUACGAUGUCACAUCAGGCACCCUGAUCCACAGUUUCAGUCCACACGCUGCUGCUGUACGGCGCCUCGCCUUCAGUCCAUCUAGCAGUGGAAGCUACCUGGUAUCAGCAUCAGCAGACAGCAAAGCUAUGGUGUUCGAUGUGCCGUCAGGGUCACUGCUGGCUACAAUGUCCACAGUCAGCCCCCUUCUCUGUGUGACGGUCACAAAAACCUACAUCGCCGUGGGAACUGAGGAUAAUCAGUGUUUGGUGUAUCCUAGUGUUAAAAACAAAAGUACACGUGGAACUCUUCUGAAAAAGCUGUUGUCCCUACGAGGUCAAAAUGGACCAAUCACAAGCUGUACAUUUAAUAGCGAUGUGUCCAAACUGGCCACUGCAAGUCGAGAUGCUUCGGUAUUUAUCUGGGACAUUCGGGGCUGUCUGCUUGACCCCAGUGACCCCACUCCAGUCCAGAAACUUCAUGCUUGUCAUGCAGACUGGAUAACGGACUGCCGGUGGUCAAACAUUGGAGACUUCCUGGUGACUGGGUCGUUGGACUUUAAUCUAAAAGUCUGGGAUGUGAAAACGGGCCAAGAGAAGUUUAAACUGACAGGUCACAUGGCAUCUAUCACUGCCAUAGGUUUCAGUUACGGCUGUAUUGUGUCUACGUCCAGUGAUGGGACGGUCAAGGUGUGGUCCCAGAAAGGCACAGAAAUCACCACUCUCCAUGGUCACACCCAGUGUGCCAAUGACUGUGCUCUCCUGGUCAGUGUGUCCGAGUCCUCAGCCGUAGACGAAGAGGAAGACUUCAGUGAUUGGUCAGCGCUUCCAGUAGAAGAUAAAGUAGGCAAAAAGAAACCGAAAGUAGACAUGGAAGAUGUGCUGGUGGCCAGCUGUUCUGACGAUGGAACUGUCCGACUCUGGAAUCCACUACAGGCUAACGAGCUGGCUAGCUUGACUGGACAUGAUGACAGAGUCCUAAGUGUGGCCUCCGAUUCCCAUGGCAACCUGUGUACCAGUUCACUGGAUAAGUCUGUCAGGCUGUGGAAACCCACCCUCAGCUCGGAGACCGUGUCCAGUUGUCAUGACGCUCAGGUGACCUUCACAUCCUUCUCCAAGGACGGAAGCUGUUUAUUAACAGGAAGCAGAGAUGGUUACAUCAAGCUGUGGUGUGUAAAUGCUGAUCAGACCAAUGUGGAUCUUGUUCAAUCCCUGAAGGCACACACCAAGUCAGUCAAUGCCGGAUGUUUUGUCGGACGCGACAGUAAAAGGUUUAUGACAGGUGGUGAUGAUGCUGUGGUCUCGGAGUGGAAGUGGCAGGGAGCCACGAGGAUCAGCAAAACCAAGGGUUAUACGCUGAAAUCACCAGUGACCUGCAUUCUGUGGCACGAGAGAGCAGCAGCCGGCAGUGGUCAUGUCGUGAUCUGUGCAGAGUGGGACCGUGCCAGAGUGACCAUCAUCAAUACUGAUAAGAACUCUCCAUUAAAGUCCGUGCCACUCACGUCAGGUGACAGUGGGAUGUGGGUGAUGAAUUUGCUGCUCAAUGGAGAGCAAUUAACAGCAAUGAUGUCAGACUCUCAGAUACAGACUCUCAGGGUUACUGGCUCAUUUACACCCAAGGGAAGCUGCGAAAUAAAUGUGAGCACAACAUGCAAAAUUAAGUGUCUAGCCGACAUCACACAGGAAGUGCCCGAACACAAGCGUGGACUGAACAUGGUACUGUGUGGGACAGUUCUUAAAAAUGAUAUAAGAUUGGCAGGUAACGGAAACGGAGCCCGCCUACUGGGGGAUUCCAAGGGUCAGCUGACCAUUCUGCUUGGGACUUCCGAAACUGCUUCAUUAAAGAUACACGAUGGCGGUUUAACCUGCGUCAGGGUCAUGGACAGCAUAGUGUUGACGGCAUCCUUGGACCGGUCAGUGAAGGCCUGGAAAAUAGACUACAACAGAUCGUACACCACGCUACAGCAGGUGCUCACCGAUGGACUGGAACAGGUUGGUCAGUUUUUGUGUCCAGCACCAGUGACUUGCAUGGAGAUUUUGGACAGCUCCUCUGGAAUGGAACUAGUUUGUGGGGACCAACUAGGCAAUGUUCAUUUCUUCAAAGUGCUUGAUCUUAAGCAGGUUCAUGGUGACAUGUGUUUGUGAAGUGCUGACCAAAAUGUGAUUUUUUUUUUUUUUAAAAAUAGAAGAAAAAAAAAUUCCCCAUGUCAGAAUAAAUCUUAAAAACUGAACAUAAUGAACCACUAAUAUUACUGUAGGGAAUAAACAGUAUGGGAACAGAUAUCGUGAUUUGUUUUAACAAUCUGUUUUUUCCUUUAAUGUAUUUAUAAUUAAUCAUUAUUAGGAUUCUUUCUCACACACAGUGUUUCUUUAUCAUGGACAUUAGAACUGUGGGUAAGUUUGCCUGGUGAUGUUGAAAUGUAUAAACUGUUUGUAUUUAUAUACAUAAUUCAUAGAUAAUCAUAAAAUUUCAUGAAUUGAUAUUUCUUGAUUAGAAACCAUUACAUGCAUUUUUCCAAUUAAAUGUUAAUAUACAUGUAUGUAAAGACGCAGCAUAUAAAUGUAAUAUGUAUAUGUAUAAUUGUAUAUGUACAAGUAUAAUUGUAUAUGUACAAGUAUAAUUGUAUAUGUACAAGUAUAAUUGUAUAUGUACUUGCCUUUGAGAAAAAAUUGGAUAUCCAGCUGGAUGUAAAUUUUUUUUAGAUUAGUUAUUUCUUCUUGUUUAUUUAUUCUAUUUUGCAGAGACUUUUGCAUUUAUAUUUAUAUACUCAUAGUUGAGUUAAUUGUACAUAUUUGUAAUUUCCCAUGAAAUUUGUUUACAAGGUUUUGAUCCAGAUGCAUAUGUACUGUGAUUUGUAUAUACCUAUACCUGUACCUUUAUCAUUAUUUGUGUAUAGUCCUGGUAUCCUAGUGCUGCUAUGUACACUAUAAAUAUUUAUGAUGUGUGAUGUCCAUUUUCUCUGUAUGACUGACUGUACACUAUAAAUAUUUAUGAUGUGUGAUGUCCAUUUUCUCCGUGUGACUGACUGUAAUUGACUAGCCUGUAUUAACUGCAUUGUCUGUUUAAUAGUGUACGUAUUGUACAUGUAUGUGACUGUGUUUGAUAUUUUUGAAGGGGUUGUUUUACGCUCGUUGCAGAGAGCCGAGAAUAAUUCUCGUAAGAAAUCGGUGUGCACAAAACCUGUAGUAGAAACUGACAAUAUAUGUGAUAAGAACUUCUUGCGUAAAUUUUCUCCUGCGUAAAGUUUCCUUGAGUUACAUUUGUGCACAAAUUACAUAGACAUCACAGAGAAUGAGAACAAAUUUCCAGUGUUUCAUGAAGUGACUACUCACAAGGGUUAUCAUGUGCCAGUCAGUCUAAUGUGUGCAAUCAGAAUAAAAUACUGUCUCAUGAAGUAUUGAAUGCUGUGUAGAAUAGAAACACUGUAUGAUAAAUGGUAAUUUACAUUGUGAAGCUUGGGUCAUGUUGAUGUGUGAUAUUAAAGAGAGAGGUCAAACUGUAGCAAUGAAAGGUGAGGAAAAAAUAUCUCUCCCAAGACAAACAUGCACACAGCUUUGAGCUUUGUAACAGAAUUAUUGAUCAAAUAAAUAUGUACCAACCUUAUAUAGGGGGGGGGGGGGGUUGGGGUUACAUGGAGGGGGUGGCAAAAACAAACAUUAUCAAGCGUACUCUAGGCUUGGAUCAAUAUUUAAUAAUUUUCAGAAAAUUUUGUUUUAUAUCUUUUACAAAUAAUGUUUUCAUAUUUCUUUAUAUAUAUGGAGGAGGGGGAGGGGGGGGGGUUAAUUAGCAAAUAGGCAUGAAAGGGUUCCAUUUUAUUUUUAAAAGUCGUGCUUGUUUCUUUAAAGCGUCAUAUUUCAUUUGAUGAUGUAGAAGCAUGUACAUAAAAUUGUACAUGUAUGACAAUUGUUUAUUUAUCAUUGUAAGGGUAAAAUUGACAUAGAUAUUUAGAAAUUUAUUUGCAGGAAUUGUGAUUAAUAUUUAAAGAUUUCUGUGUUUUUAAUGAAGACCGUUAUGUUGACUUGCUAUCUUCCAUACAGGAUGCCAAAGUGUAUACAUAACAACUUCCUGUUACUGUUUAUAAUAAAAUGAUUUUCAAACAAA